AUGGUACGCUUUCGUAUUAAAAUUAGCUACUCGGGGAAAACCCGGAAAUUAUUGUCAAAUUGACAAUGCUGAUAUUUAUUAAUCUAAACUCUGUAUGUCUAUUCUGCACGAUUGGGAAUGAAUUUAAGAGGUUAUCUCUCUAAGAACCGACCAAUGGCUCUCGGCUCAAAAAAUGAAAGUCUUCGUUACUUUCACAAUGUCUUUUAUGAUUUUUUCGCCCACGCACGUGAAAGUUAUUCUACUUUGAAACUUACCUGGUUUUAUGAUGCUUUUACAAAACUAUUAUGGCAAACUUUAGCGAUAACAAGCACCAAGUCCAAAUACGGCUUUGUACACAUAUCAAAUUCGACUUUAAAUUUCUCAAAAGUGGCUCCUAACUGGAUUCAGUGACUAAUAUGGUUGAAAAAAGGGAAGUUUGAAGUACCAAUAUCCACAAUAAAACUUGUUACCAACCGCGAUUUGAAGACUCCCAGAGCCUCUGAAAUUUGUUACCUUCAAUUAUCGCGGAGUUGAGACGCCAGAGCUUCCAGUCAUUUGUAAAAUGCGCCGUCGUUCCGGUUUUUUUUUUCACACAAGCCGUUAAGCGAUUUUUCCGUGUUCAUGAACAUCAGAAGUUGUUUUAAUUCGAAAAGAUUUGGCUCGAUGCAGCGAGGUAAACGUUACAGCGAGGUAAGCGAGGUAAAAUAGAGUCAUUGCUAAUUUUGGCACUCCCGUCAUAAACAGUCUAAUCGUGCAACAAUUACUGCUAUUUAUUAGCAGAAAACCAGAACCAUGGCGUAUUGUCUUGUUUCUAUAGCUUCUCUUCCGUGUAAUGCACAGCAAUUCCAUUAGUAUAUAUUUGACAAUUUCGAUUCCCCACUAUAUCUUCACAUGAUACUAUACUUUAUUGGGGUAAUUUACGCAUUAAUUAACAUUCCCCUUUUUGAAUACAUCGUGAACAGUUUCUACCAUUAUUCUGGUCGACGUUUCAUAUAAGAGUUCCCACAUGCCCUGGCCUACCCACACCCCCAGUACGACCCUACCCCAACCUCGCGUUUUUGUGACGUCAUUUGAAAACUCUUGUAUGAAAAUAAACUUCACCCUUUAUUAGCUAUCCUUAAACAAUUCCAGGUAAAGUUGAUAUAACGGUCCUCAAAUGACAUCACAAUAGAGGUGGGUGGGUGUAGGGUAGGGGUCAGGAUAGAGUUGGGGUGGGGGUCAUUUGGAGACUAUUCCAUAUAUGAUUUGGAGACUAUUCCAUAUAUGACUCUUCUAUUAAAUUUCAGCCAAGCCCUGGUUGAAACACUAAUCAAAACCCUUAUUCGAACUAUAAUCCAAAUCCAAUUCAAUUGGCAUGCACCAUUGCAACUGGAUCUUUUUGAAUAAUCAGUAUCUAUAGUAGUCUUCUAGAUCAAGUCUUUUUUCCAGUUUAAAUUCAUUUCCAAUCGUGCAGAAUAGACAUACAGAGUUUAGAUCACAGAAUAAAGGUUUAGAUUAAUAAAUAUCAGCAUUGACAAUUUGACAAUAAUUUCCGGGUUUUCCCCGAGUAGCUAAUUUUAAUACGAAAGCGUACCACGUUUACCUCGCUGCAUCGAUCGGAAUCUUCUAGUUUUAAUUAAAUCCACUUGUGAUGUUCAUGAACUUGAAUUAAAUCCACUUGUGAUGUUCAUGAACACAGAAAAAUCGCUUAACUACGAUGAUUUAAAGGCUUGUGUAAAAAUACGGAACAACAGCGCAUUUUACAAGUGACUGGAAGCUCUGACGUCUCAACUCCGCUAUAAUUGAAGCUAAACAAAAUAGCCAAAUUGUAUCAAAUUUCAGAGGCUGUCGAGUCUUCAAAUCGCGGUCAGUAACAAGUUUUAUUGUGGAUAUGGGUACUUCAAACUUCCCUUUUUUUAACCAUAUUAGUCACUGAAUCCAGUUAGGUGCCACUUUUGAGAAAUUUAAAGUCGAAUUUGAUAUGCGUACAAAGCCGUAUUUGCACCCGGUGCUUGUUAUCGCUAAAGUUUGCCAUAAUCUUUCUGUAAAAGUAUCAUAAAACAAGGCAAGUUUCAAAGUAGAAUAAUUUUCACGUUGGUGGGUCAAAAAAUCAUAACAUUUGGUUGAAUACUUUUAAAAUUAUAUGUAUUUGAAUUCGGCUAAUUUUUAUUCCUGAUUUAGGCAGAGGAUUUUCUGCCCAACGGCGCGGGACCGAAAAGUCGCUGAAAUUUUAAAAAUUAAUAAAAUUUCAAAAUUCCAAAUAGUGUUUGUUUGUUCUUGGGGUAAAUACAUUUCAUUGUGAAAGUAACGAAGAAUUUCAUUUUAUGAGCCAAGAGUCAUUGGUCGGUUCUUAGAGAGACAGCCUCUUAAUAUGCCAGGUGUCAUUUGCCAUAGACUCCUUGUAUUGUUUAAUUUUGCUGGUAUUAAUUCUUCCUUCCGAACUUUGUUAUAGUUUCUUGAAUUUUCAGUCGACAAAUGUAUAUGAAAACAUUUAAAAACAACGGUAUGCGUAAAAUACAUUACAUUUCAAAGUUCAAGCAUGCGUUAUCACAUUAAUUUUAUAAAUAUAUUUAUUAAUUGUUUAAUGCCGAUAUUAUUAUUAUUUGCGGGAGCUGUUACACUCUCACGAAUAAUAAUAAUUUAAUUAAAUACAAUUGUAUAUACAUUCAAUUUACAAAGAUCGUUAAAAAUACUCUUGAUAAGAAUUAGUGUUUUAAAUUCUGUUCAUUAAAUAACGUCUAUCUGAAAUUAUUGUCAUAAUACCUACACUAAUUAACUUUAUAUAUUAAUAAUAAUAUAAAGGUUGCUAAAAUCAUUGAAAAAUCAUUAAAAAACGUCCAAUAAAAAUAUUGUUAUUAAAAUCAUUAAAAAUGUCCAAUAAAUAAGGUGCAAAAAGGAUCAAAUUAAUGGAUCCUUGCCGAUAUUGUCUCUAUUUCAAUAUUGAUGUCCCCUGGGUUACAGUGUACUCUUCUUAACAUUCUUGAGCCUCGUAUGCAUAGCAGCGCCGAUCUAAGGAUUGAAAACAAUAUUUUUGCUCUUAACCACAACAUAGUCCUCGAAUAUGUCUCUCCUUUCUUCUCAGCAAGUAGCUCAGCUAGUCGACGGUUAUACCUCAAGCACUCCUCUUCCAUUCUACCAGUUGUGGUAAAGACUAAUGGUGUAAAUGUUCCCUGUUCAAUAUAUGUGACCCGAUUUUGUACACACGUUUCUUUUCAUUCUUGUGGAUACGAUAGAUCUGUACAGGAGUUAGGUCACGGUAGGACUCUGCAUUUGGGUGACAUACCCGGUAUCAAAGAAUGCAGACCUUUGUCUCUUCCAAAAGCCAUGUGCAUGUACAUCAAGUCGAGAGUCAAGUGAACGAUUUGCGCCUGUGUUUAAUGUUCACCAUUUAUUUCUUGUAGAGUAGGUUCAAUCUGAACAUCAUUACAAACAAUGUUUAGAAAUUCAGCUUAUAAAUCCCGUAAUUGGUUGUGGCGUUGAAUAAUAAACCCCCCUCGACCGCAUAUCAUAGCAUGGUCUAUGUUGAAAGAAUAAUAAUAAUAAUAAUAGUAGCAGCAGCAGCAGCAGUAGUAGUAGUCAUCAUAAUAAUGUGUGUCCUAUACACUACAGAUAUGAGACUUAUUGUCAAGUUUAAAAGAUACGUUUAAACGGUACGUUUAAAUUUUGGGAACGAUAUAAUUUCUCUAAUGUUUAAUAUUAAGGAGAGAUGAUUACAGUAAUUGUUUUAUUAUACAAUUGGAAUUGCAAGAGCACAUGCAGUUGCAGAGAGUUUUGUAGGCAGCAAGACAUUGAGAAUCGUUUGUAGAUUCUUAGCCAAUCACCAUGGAGAUUGCAUAUGCAUUGUACAAUAACAUCUUUUCUUAUCGUUAUUAAAGUUUGUCUGUGUUGCAGGUUCUCUGGGUUAAUGGGAGGGUUUUGGGGAGUUGAAGUUUACCAGGCUAGCCAACAUGUAUGCAUGUGUACCUAUUUUUUGCACUUGUUUUAGGGCAUACAAAUGAGUAAAGAAGAGAUCGAUUUAUUCAGUGAAUAUGCAGAGAAAAAGGCUGAGAAGGUAUUUAUGCUUGCUAUAGUGUGGCUAUAUCACAGACGUCCAAUACUGCCGCAUAGAUCAGGGUUUGUAGUCUCCAAGACCAAAAAAUUUCAAAGAUUUUUUCUGCCUAUUGUCAAAGACUCAAGAUCUAGUCCCGUCAAAUCACAUCCCAAAAUGCACUUUUUCGUCGAUAUUUGCGAAAAUCUUGUUUCAACCAAUCUUAUUUUAUUAGCUAGGAAAUCGCAUAAUCAAAUAAUCACUAAAGAAUUUAAUGACCUGCAUUCAAAUUUAAAGACUUUCAAAGAUUUCAAAGACCGCUACGACCCCUGUAGAUACGGGUCGUACAAGUUGUAAAAUUCCGUCAUUAUGAAGACCUUUUUAACACAAUACUCUCCAAAUGAUAUGGCUCGUACAAUCCGGUAUUUAAUAGGCUACAUGUUUUGUGUUUCACCUAAUUAAUACUUUGCCACAUGAUGCAGAAUCAUUUGACAAGUCGUUCGAUUUGCCAAAUUUGCCCGCGCUGGUUACGAGCCAAACAAUUUGUCCGCUCGGCACAAAACUAUAAUACCACAAAUCAAUUAUUAUAUUAAGGAAUACACAUUAUAGAAUUACCUAGUUCUUUCAAAACCGCUCAGAAUUGAACAUGGAAAAUGUUGACUUUCUAUAAACCAUGCACAACUCAACAAAUAUAUAUAUAUAUAAUAUGAAUUGCCUCCUUCUUUUAAAAACCACACACGUAAUUGGACAUGGAAAAUAUUGGCUUUCCAUAACCCAUGCGCACCUCAACAAAAAUGAUCAUGUAAUUGCCUUGUUUUUUUCAAAAACCACACUGAAGUGGACAUGGAAUUAUUCUUUACUGCUGUCAGCUCCGACAACAAACAUCGGCCAAGACACCCAUUUGUCGAGAAUCUACACCGAUAUAAACCUGUGGAUAUUGCAAACAUGUUCAACAAUGUUAACUACUUUUUAUCUGUAUACACAUCUGACAAGUCUGUGGACGCAUUUUCUGACAUUUCGGCAUCAUGCGGCAAUCAUGAAACUCGAUUCCAUAUAAACAGAGCGCUUGUUUGUCCUGCCUGGGCGCGUAACUCGCCUUGCCGGGUAACUCGUCUUGCUGGGUAACUCGUCUCCAUAUAAACAGGCCCCUAUUCGUACAGAGCAUUUUAUCGGCAAUCAUUUUUCUGCGGUAAGUUAAUGGCUUUAGUUUAAAGAAUGUUUCUUUAAAGAUGUUAGAUGCGAAAAAUCAGAAUUUACAUUAAGAGUUUCAAACGUUCACUGGUUAAAAAUAUUUGUUUUGAUAAACUUUUUGACUGUUAGUCUGCAGCCUUCUACGGGUAAGAAUGAAAAACACCACUCUGAAUGGGGGACCAGGAAAAGCAUAGACAACGUCUUCGCGAAUGUAUGUUUAAUUAUUGUUUUAAUGCAUUGACCAAUUCCAUCUCAGAGUCAUCAAAUUCUAUAAACACGAAAUUGAUUGUCAUGUCACAGGUUGUGCCAACGAAAUAUCACUAAUUUACAUUAAAUUUCAAAGCAUUUUUAAGUCGGUAUUAAAUUUCUUGGCUUCAUAAAAAAUGAAGUAUUAUUCCGGUGCCCAUGUCAUUUUUGGCACCACAUUAUAUUCUGCCUGUGAGUUUGUUUGUUUGUCCGUUUGUUAGUGUGUUUGCAUCAAUACGUUUCCUUAAUCGCCUACUAAAAAUUCCUUGCACUUGCUCUGAAUUUAUUAAUCUUGUACUCUCAAGAUCGACUACUUGCUAGGCUUUAUCUUUGGUUUUAUGUGUCAAACAAGGACAAAAAUACUACUGUCCGAACCAGCAUGAAAACUUCUUGCAUUUACAGAUGGAAAAUUGAUUUCUAUUCUUGCGAUUUAUGGCCUUUGACAGACAAGCCGCUCAAAAUAAUCCUUCACACGUUUUCCGAAUUCCUUUUUUCGAGGAAAGUUUUCUUUCGAAUUACAGUAAUCUCGGACUCUCACAAUUGACUUUUUGCUGCGCCUUAUCUCUGGUUUUAUGUGCCCAAUAAGGACAAAAAUACCACCAUUUGAUCCAGUGUAAGAGGUUAUACUCACAUAUGUCAAAUGUAUUACUAAACAACAGUAUUCUAGCGAUUUAUGGCCUUUGAAAGACAAGCGAAAUUGUAUUGUUAAGAAAUCGCUCAAAAUUAUUAAACUAAUUAAAAUGCAAUACAUUUGACCUUGAUAACUUUCAUAUUGUUGGUUUUCUCUUUUCGGCCAUAUACUAGUGGAUUCGUCUCAUUUUUCUCUUUAUUUUGUUAGUGGUUUGAGCCCAAAAUAUUUUAUUUUGAAGGCUUUAAAACACAGUUUUGAUCCUAACAUAUGGACCAACUGGCGGCCGACAGGAGAAUGUGUAGCGUGCUAAAUAUAACUUUACUUGUGCAUUUAGACGGAAAGGCCGAAAGUUUUAUUUGUAGGCGGCACCACAUUUUAGUACUAUGCCUGGUUAUUUUUUUUCUGGUCCGUAAUCUCAGGUCCGUAACUUAUAUGAGCCUUCUGAUUGGUUGAUGAGAGGUCUGUAUCACAUGAUACGGACCUCUCCGUGUGCAUCAGGGUUUAUUUUAACGUGCAGUUCGACACAAAAUGUGCAGUUCUAAAUCCAUUUGUGCAGUUCUUAAAACACAAAUGUGCAGUCACCAAACUAACAAAAAUAGCCUUAAUUAAAACAGUCUUUUCAUUUACUCGUUACCCUUGUGGAUGCUCCAGAAAAUUCCAGAAAUGCUGUCAUUAAUUGAGCAUCAAAAAUAUAAACGUUUUCUGGGGGAGGACUCCAGACCCUGCUAUUUUCCUCACAAAUCACUUACGUGCUGGGGUAAUGGAAAAGAAGGUAAAAUUGGGGUGAAAUUUUGUGAGUGGUUGGGUAAAACAAAUCUUUGCCAGAACUUAAGAGCCUCUAGAUUCAAAUUGUUUUGGAGGACAACCCCUAGCUCCCGCACCCAAAAUCGAGUUUGUCUGGCCUUUCUCCCACCCAACCACACCAUUAUUCUGUCACCUAUAUGCAUGUAAAAAAUCAUUCGACCCCCUCCCAGUCAAACACCUGUUGCCUUCAUAACAUCCCUAUAUGUGCAGUUCUAAAUUUUUCUUAAAAUAAACCCUGGCGUGCAUUAUGAAACCCCUCACAUUUUGCGCCAAAAACAAACCGAGGAGUGAAGACAAAUUUCAAACUGAAAAAAAUAUCUAAAAAUUUGAAAACCCUUCUGCCCUAUCGAUACUAAAGAUAGAAAAAUAAGCUGAACUGACUUUAAUGGAUAAAAUGUCAAUCCCGAAAUCACAAAAAAAACAACAAGUAUUUCUUUUACAUUGUAUAAGUAUAAAAAAUUAAUGACCGAAGUUGUUGAUUUUUUGCUCCACUUUCUUGACAAACACAAUAUUAAACACAGUUUUUAUUUUUGUGGGAGAGAGGUUCUGGGUUGUGAAGAGUCCAUUUAGGCUACAGUAUAUGACAAGCAUCAUGCCUACUCAUAUGUCACACCCUAUUAACUGCACUGAUUUUGAACUGGCUGCUGAUAAUCUAACCAAGAUUCACUUGGACAGUCCUAACCUGACCAACUGGAGCACAAAACCCCAGAAUGGACAUUCCUUACAAAACCGCUAUGGACAGUCCUUAACCUGACCAAAGGCACUAGACCCAUAUGGGCAGUCCUUAACCUGAACAUGAGGGGUAAACCCCCAUGGACUGUCCUUAGAUUUAGAUAUAUUAUGUGUGACAUAUAUUGAGUCUAUGGGCCUGAAGUUGACAUUUUAUGGAGACUUCAUCCCCACAAAUACACAGAAUGUGUAUUCCUCAUAGGCGAACCCUCCCCCCAAAACGUUGUUAGUUACUUAGCGGUUAGCACAUUUGUCAAAGUGGCUGAUACCCCUGAUAGAGUUGCAAGACAGCUGCUGCCAGAUGAAAGUUAGACAUAUACCAUCACUCAUACUAUAGCUGGAUAGUCGGGGAGGCCAGAAAAAAGUGCAAUAUACAGGAAACCUGGAUGGGGCCAAGACAACCAGCAGCUUCCCCACAAACAAAGCUCACCAUCAAGGCACAUUUUUAAUGUAAAUGUGUUCAUUAACAUUUUGCACAACAUUUAUUUGUUAACCACUCUUAUUUUAUUUCAAUUAUGAUUGGUGGAACUUUCUUGAGUUAUGUGACAUUAUUCUUAGAAAAAUAGCAGGACCAAAAUGCAAUUCAGGUGCUUAUAACCACAGUGUUGCGAUCGAACAUCCAAUCAUGCAUUCAUGAUAUUAGCAGAAAUUGUAAAAUAUGUAUUUGCUAGACUAAAUAUAUCAUGCAGUUAAAUGAUACUACAUCAAAGGAUUUUCAAUUUUCAUGAGCGUAGGCAUGCAUGGUAUUGUUAAUUCUGUACCAAUCUUUCAUGACAUCCAUCUUGCCGACUUAUCGCAAAUGUAGAUAAAUAUAUAUUUGAAAUCUUAAAUUUCGUUAACAAAUGAGCUUGCUUUCUUAUGUUUUGAACAGUAAAGUAUUGACAAUGUUGCAGGUCCAAUUAAUGUUAGGUUUUAUUAACAUGCACCCUGAAACACCUGAAAAUGAAGUUUAUAAGUCUACUUUUGAACAAUUGAAUACAGUUUAAUGUAAGGCCAGAAUCCUGAUCCAACGUCUAAAAAAUUUUGGGAUCAUGAAACCCAAUCCAACGUCUAAAAAAUUUUGGGAUCACUUUAAGGCUUGGUUACCAAGCACUGAGCUAUAUAAAUACAAUGGAUAAUUUGUUAUCAUUAAGUAAUACGUAUCACGUAACAAAGUAUUGUAUUUAUAUGUGAACGUUGUUAUUCAUCUUUAAGCCUGAAAAUGAUAUUUAAAGUUCGUUUUUGUGGUUGUUCUUCCGAAUGUUGCUUUGUCUACAUUUGCUGGUGAACAAAUUUUUUCAAGAUUGAAAUUUCAUUCUGAUAGUCCUAAAAAUUCUUUGGGAUAAUUACUUAUUGCUUUCUAUUUGACAGAAACUCGGUUUCAUAGUAGCUGAACAGAGGGGACUUCCGUCUAUGCAUGGGCGAGAAACGUAAGUGUGGAAUGCAUGUGAGCGCGGGUUGAUCAUGUGACUGAAUUCUAAAAACAAACACCAAAUUUGCCAAAACUACUUGUGUUAUGAAGUCGUUUUCUUGUUUCUUUAGUGUUUCUACGCUCACAAUUUUAGGCAUUUCCGACUUAGAAGUAUUUCUUUGGAAUAAGAAUGUGAAAGUAGAGAUAAAAACUUUGUUGCAGCAGUUUAAUUUCACUGUACAAAUAUACCUGUUUUAUAUGUAUAUUGUUUUCAAAGUGCGAUAUACAAGUGCAAAUUGACCUUCUUUAAAUUCGUACUUACCCUAUUUUUGACUCCAUAAAAAUUACUUUUAUCCAUGGAGAAACUAUUUGACUUUAAAAAUAAGCUUGAAUUUUUGUGGUGAUAUAGGCUAGUUUCUUUGAAAACAGUGAUUCAGUACUCAGUAGUGUACUUGUUAUAUAUGAAGAAAAGCCUUAAAUGAUUUAACAUCCAUCAACAAAAAGGAAUCGCACUUAUUACUACUCGUUAGAAGAUAGACAAUUGACCGAUUUUUAAUUCACUAGGAACCCGUUCUACAAUAUAAAUUAGAAAUCGGCCAACAUAUUGUCACGAAAUACUACAAUUAAAAUAGGGUAUCAAAACUAAUGAUUUAUUUAUUUAUUUAAUGAAUUUAUUGAGCCAUCUACAUACGUACUUAUUUAAUGAAUUUAUUGAGCCAUCUACAUACGUACUAUAUCAGGUACAAAGAUAAAAACUUGACAAACGAAAGACAAAACACACGUCACAAAUCACAAAUUAGUAGAUACACUCAAACGGAAAAGCACAAACGGGACACUAAAAGUCCCAUGCGAGGUGCUCCCCGUAAUUAGUUUUGAUAUAGUUAAUUAAUUACAAACACACACAUAUAUAUUACUUGUGGUAUUAAGUCCUAUGGCAAGGACAGUCACGAUUUAAUGACCACGUACAAGCCAUGUCUACGUCAUAAACAUUACUAAUUAAUGUAUAGUAUCUACGUUUAAGAUAGUGUUUAAAAGAGUUUGGAUUACGGAAAAUGUCAGGUGAGAUUUCUUGGCACACUGUGUUCCAAAUCUUUACAACACGAUUGUAGUAUGAAGACUGGAAAGUAUUAGUUUUACAGAGUUUACUUUGAAGGAUAUAUCUUAAAAUUUCACAAAAAAUAAAUUAAAAAAAAUAAUAAAAAUUAAAAUUAUUAUUAUUAUUAUUAAAAUUAUUUUUUUAAAUUUUUGAUUUCACAGAACAGUCAAGUUUCUCUGCCAAGAUCGCCUCUUUGCCCAAUUUUCAUCGAGUAGAUCAUCGUGUAAUCAAGUCAAGGAUUAUGUAUACUUUAACAUAAAAGAAUAAAAAAAACUGGUGAUAAAGGUAGAUUUUGAAUAAAAUACGAAUAUCUGUAUACAAGAUCUGAGCGUUAUUAUGAACUCGGUGGCCAAAAGCCACGCAUGUAUAAGGCAAACAAGAAGGUGUGUUGCAGAAGAAUCCUUAAUUCCACCAACUUGGCAGGGAUGGAGCUGUGGUAGUACAAUUUGGGAUAACCAUUUGAACACAAAACCUUCAAGUAACUUACUUAGGACAGCCGUCAGUGAAAUUGGACGAAGGUCAUUUUCGAUUGAUUCAGGUUUGGAAACUUUCGGGAUGGGUGUAACGUCGGCAAACUUCCAAAGUGAGGGGACAUGUCCCUGUAUUAUUGAUGAAUUAAAGAUUUGGCAUAUUGGGUGAUUAAGAAGACGUGCACCAUUCUUUAAAAUCCAGUUAGGAAUUUCAUCAGGACCGAACAAUUUACAUAUGUAUAUCUUUUUCGAAGUGAGAUAUACAAGUGCAACUUGACCUUCUUUAAAUUUGUACUUGCCCUAUUUUUGACUCCAUAAAAACUACUUUUAUCCAUGGAGAAACUAUUUGACUUAAUUGCCUUAUUGUCUUUUUUUACUGACUUAUGUUAGGAGGAGGUUUCUUAUCGCCACAAGAGCAUGGGCCAUUGGCCUAUUUGGCAGGCUAUGUUAUAAGGUCUUUGUACCAAAAAAGCAAGAAUUGUUCCCGGUGGCAGUCCCAACGAAACACAGAAAUUCAAGCAUUAAUGAAGUUGAAUAUGUUGGAAAGAGACAGAUAGUUAAAAUCGAACAACUGGCAACUAAGCAAGACAACAAUAACUUGGAACACAUUUUUGUGGCAUAUAUUUUGGGCAGAGAAGUGCUCGAAAACAGUUCUGGCCGAACUGUCUAGAGGCUCUCACUAACCUAAGUUUUAUCUAGAGAAACAGGCGAAUCUCUAGACUGCAGAGGGCAUGCUUCACUCUGUGCAUGUCGUUCAGCGAGUUGAGACCUAGUUGGACUGGUGAACAACUAUUGGUAUAGGGCACAUUACCCAGGGUACUCAAAGCUGGCUGAGGAUACACGCAAAAACUGUAGGUUGUUCUAGAGGAACAGGCGGACCUCUAGAUAACAGGGGAACAGGCGAACCCCCGUUCAGAUCCGUCAGGCUGUCGACAUUGAGACCUAGUUGGACUGGUGAACAACUAUUGGUAUAGGGCACAUUACCCCGGGCCGCAACUGAUAACCUGACUGACCACAUCGAGUCUGUAGGACUGCUCAUUCAGGUCUUCAGUGCGACCUGAAUGAGCAGUGAUUGCGCUUCACGUGGUGAAGUGUUGUCCAUCGGACAGCACUUCCCUGCCAGUAUAUAAUUAUUUAUUGCAUAUCUUUACAUAAGUAGGUUACAAAUCUACGAGUAACGUGCUAACUAUAUACAUGAAUAUUCAUUUUUCUAAUUAACUGUCCUUACAACACGCCAUAUUGUAGAGACGCAGAUCGGUGUACAUGAUUUUUGGGAGGUGGGUGGGUUUUUUACAUUUCCACUUCUUUGCCAAGGUUUGGUCCCUUAAAUUAUUAGCCAAAAAUUUUGCCAGAGAUGUUAACGCACUGGCUAAAGUCUUGCGAAUGAGCAUUGCACGUCGACACUGCGAUCAAAAGUCCUUGCGCAAAGAGGGGGCCAUUGUACGUAUGCACGUGAAGGACAAAACCUUCAGGAUAAUUUCUGAUUGGUUAAUCCCAAGUUUGCAUCAGUUGUUCACAUGCUUAGCAGCCAAAGUUCGAUAUUUAUCAGAUAUUUUGCAAUAUUAACAGGGCUAGAAAACGGUUCCCUUGUUCUGCCAAGGUACUUGGACCUUGUACGUACCUGGUACGGAUUAAUUGUUGUGACGCAGAUGCGUUGGCAGACUGAAAACACCCUCGGGCAGAUAGAGCCUUCAGAACAUAUUACUCCAUUAACCGCAAUUUAUAGCUUUGCUUAAAUUGAUUAUUUAAUGUAUUCAAUGCGAACUGUGACAGAGGACAAUGAGUAUAUAUUAUCUUUAUCAAGAGGUGGCCUUUGGUCACCUCAUUCAUGGCUUGUUAGUAUUAUGGAAGUUAGUGAGUUAGUUUUUAGGAAGCACACAAAUAAAGACAUGCAAGGUCACUCCUCUACCAGUAAACAAAAUAGUGAAUGAAGUUUUGGCUUCUUCCCUUGUGAAAAGCUUGUGGUGCAAUAUUAUUGCAAAUUGUGAUGUGGAAAUCACUAAAGAAUGUCAGUCCCUGUGUUUAGAAAAUAUUGUAAUGUUGUAUGUUACUGUUAGAUGUUUCUCAUUUGCCAAACAUAUUGUAAACAAAUAUAAAUUAAGUGAAGGUGUUAAGCGAAAGAAGGCUCUAUGGAAAGACUUGAAGAAAGCUAGUAGUGAACUGGAAUAAUGUCAUUUAGUAUUAUAUGUAGUUCUUCAACCAUUUGCCACCAAGGAAUCACAUUACUGUAUUCAAGCAUAUUAACUAUGAUUCAAGGUGGCUUUAAAAUAUUGCACUUGAUCAAACCUCCAGCUAAAUAUAUUUAAUAGUGAUAAAUGAUAUUCCUAGGGCAAUAAAAAAGGCAUUUUUAACCAGUCAGAAAGUUUACACCCAUAUUCUAAAAGCUCACACACACUCAAUGACUGGAAGUUCAAUAUGAGCUUCUCUUGAGUGUCAAAGGUCUAGUGUCGUACCACUCACCCUCCAGCUAUUCAAAAACAGCAUUUACACUCAAGAAAAGCUCAGAUUGAACCUCCACUCAUUAAGUAUGAGUGAAGUUGUAGAAUACGGGUGUUAAACUUUAAGAGCUAAUAACUAUUAUUAAUAGUCACACAAGAUUUUAUAUUGAAAUUAUUCAUUAUGUCAUCAAGCCAUAUAUAUUAAUGGUCAAGCAAGCUAUAGAAUGCUACUUCCCCAAGCAAUUGUUGUUAGUUAGCAGAUGCAAUUCCCGUCUUGCAUCAACUUUUUGUUUUGAAAUAUUUGGUCAGAAAAGGUUUGGGCAUAAUUUGAGUCACUGUUAAUAAAAUAUUUAUUGCAACUGAAUGGUAAAUGUAAAUAGUUUGCAAAAAGGUGUUAAUUGUAAAUGUUUGUAUAGUAAUUUACUAGUAUUAAAUUUCAGUUUAAUUAAUAAGCCAGCAUUUGAAAGAGUUACUUCCAUAACACUUAAGUACUGAUUGGACAGGAAAAAGCAUUUAACACUUUUUGUGAAGUGUUACAUCACAGUUUACUAUAAUCGUGGCUAAGAAUUAGAAACAAUACCCCAAGUCCAAGAUGCUAUCUAAUUCAGCCAAGGCCAAGUCAUAGUGAAGCAUUUGUAGCUCAACAAAAACCUUGUCAGGGCAACAACUGAAUUUACCUUCAUCUUCAGGCCAGUGAAGGUUUGGACACUCAAGAACAUAUGCCCUUUGUCAUCAUCUGAGAAUGGACCUCUCAGAUGAUUUCCAGCUUGUCAAGUAUGGUAAGAAUUCAUUGUUUAGCCAAUCAAACCUGCUAUCAUCUAUGUGUUGGUAUGGGGCCAGUUGUGGAUUGCGCUUUCUUUGAUGCUCUGAAGUUAACAGACAUUCAUUGCACUUUCUUUGAUGCUCUGAAGUUAACAGACAUUCAUGCAAUCAAAAAAGUCGUUCAUCAUUUGGCAAAACUUGGCUGUUUCACUUGCCUCUCCUGAUAAAUAGUGUCACUUGAGAGCUUUGGACACUGUAUUGCUCAACACUUGAACUGCAAAGCUAACUUUCAUCUUUGAAUAGGACUUGAGUUGGAUAUGCUCUACAGUUAACUUGGGCAGUUGAUGUAAUCCGAAAUCCAGAUCUGAAUAGUACAGCUUUGCAAUAUGUUCCUAAAGCAUGUACUUGUCAUUGUUCCACAAGUAACGGGUGUGUUUACCACUGCCAGAAUUAAACAGACAGUUUCUUGCAGUCUUCAAUAAAUGUGGGGCAUCAGAAAAGAAGUACAUCUUCCUGCUAGGGGCAAAUAAGUUGGUAGUGUAGUGUACCAAAUCCCCAGAGUCUGCAUCAACUAGGUCUGCAUGCAGUUGGAAAAAUAGGCGAUUUGGUGAAGCUCCAUCAGAUACAGCUACACAAACCCAGCUCAGGCAUGUUAAUGCCUGGGUCUGCCCACGCUUGUCGCUUGGAUAAUAUCUUGCGCAUGUGUUGCACGUGCAAUUGCACGCGCAAUCUGUCAGUAAUGCGUCUGUUAGAAUAUGCGCCCCUUGUAUGAGUAUUUUAGUGAAUUCGGGCAUUUGUUUCAAAUCAAAAUAUAGUACAUAUGAGCGACAGGACUAUUUUGGAAUAUACAAUGCAAAGAAGUCGGUAUACUAUUCAGUUUUUAUGUAAUACUUGGCUCUUUGUAUAGCAAUAAGUAUUGUAUCAUUUGCAACAGCUGACCUUUGAACUGCUGAUAAAUAAAAGCUUCUUAUAGUGCGCUAUCUUGCGAUUAUUUAGUGAUAAUUGUUGAUUGUUUCUUAUUUUCAAUGAAAAAUUGCUUGUGAAUUAUAAAUUAAUUAUAGCACGUAUAGUUCACUCGGUCUUUUCCACCAUGGCAUACUUCCCUUCAAGCAUUAACUAUGCUUGAAGAUAUCGGCUUGAAUGUGCAAUGAAUGUUGUUAUUGUAAAUAUAAUAUCCCUUACAAAAGCAUCAGACUGUUUCAUUAUGGCGUGUGAAAUUCAUCACACGAAAAACACGUUCAACUUCCAGCAGGGUAAUUUGAUGAAAUUUUGCUAUUUUUAAGGGAACAAAGUUUCCUGCGUUAAUUUGGAAAUCGUACAUUUAUUUGUAGAUAACAUUUUAUGAUGCGAUUAACAUUCGUUUGAUGCCGAUCGUUGUAAUAUAGCUGCAUAAAAUAGUGAAACGAAGCCUAAAUGUAAACUUUCCAGAUUCAUUCAAUAAACAGCGAUAUUAUGUGUGAAUGAUUGUCGCAAUUCUGCAUCCUCUCAGUCACGAAAUAUACUGCUGUAGAGCCUCUGAAUAAAACAUCAUUUUUUGUGUUGUUUUUCAAAAUAUACAUCACAUGAUCGUUUCCAUGACAACGAAAAGUAGUUCAACUUUUAGAAUCUCCUUUGAUAAAUCAUAUAAAACUUGAAUGGUAAUAAUCAAGGCCAUACUUAUUUUUUUAUGAUUUUUUGUCUAUUUUUGCUAAAUACACAAACUGAGACCCAGGCAUUAACGUACCUGAGAGAGGUUGCAGACAAGCUCGAGCACAGACACUGCUUUCUAGAACAAAGGCAUGAUCUGAUAGCAUGUGACAUCUUUGGUUAAGAAAUAGCCAAGAGCAUAUUUCAAAUCUGUGGCUGCACCUCUAACAAAAAAAGCAAGGGCAUGUGUGGCAAGAUCAGUUGAACCAAGACUACUGGUGUUCAGUUCCUCUUUGCCAAGAUCGACAGAACCAAUAAGUUCAUUGGAAUGUUUAUCAAAGACUAACUUUGACUGGAUCUUCAUCUCAUCAAAUGCGAUGACAACAUACCUUUGGACAUUGAAAUACUGGCUUGUUUGAUUCCUCAACCGCUCUACAUUUUUAGGGUGGAAACUAGCUUUAGGUGUGAAAACAUUUCGACCAAAAUGCCAGAAUCUCGCAAUUCCUUAUAUGCUGCUGGUGAUUUGGCAUGGAUUGGAAGGCAAAAUCGGAUGAUGUGUGGGUGGUAUCUUCUUCCCAACUUUGGUGAUGCAAGCAUUUUCCGUUGUUGCUCCCAGAAAACUCUCAUAUGUGGAGUUAUCUCAUCACCACCAUCAGCAAGUAUUGCCAGAAUAUCUUUUUCGAAAGUCUCAUCUAUAGGGACGCUGUUCUUUGCAAUCUCUUUUUCCAACUGCGAGAUACGACCCUCAAGCUCCUUGCAGACAACUCUCUGUCUUUGCACUGUAGCAACCAACCGUUCUUUACUUGAUUUGGACAGAGGUGCUUUACCCUUUAGGGGUUGAGGUGGUUGUACAUCGUGUUUUUCUUUCUGCUUGUUGACAGACUUUUCUUACUUGAUACAAUUGGAGCGGGAAAUGUUACCACAAAGCAAUUCACAAUCUAAUGAUCUCAAAAAGAUACAGGCUUGAAAGGGAACUCUCUAGCUUGGAAAUAAUGGUUGAGAUGCUGGUGUGCUUUACCGAUCGCUUCAAUUCACUGUAGAUCACAUGAUCGUCAGGUAGAAACCAGUUAUACACAGCAACAGAAAAAUCGAGACUAGAGCACAGUAUAGGAAAACUACAGUAGGGCCACUCAGCGUGAAAAAGUGUCCACAUUGUUUACUGGCUGCCAACUUAAUUUACAUAUUGGCAGCCAGUAAACGGCAGCAGUUCACUAUAAAAUUGUAUUACAGAGUAAUGAUUUUGGCCGCGUAAGGCACCUGGGACCUAGCUUAAAUAAUUCCCACUUUGCUCUCCCCUAAGUGGCCCUACUGGUUGUCUCCCUAUACUGUGACUAGAGGCAACAGAGCAAGUUAUCUUGGGCAACGAAAAUGUUGGAUUCCAGAACUCAAUUCCGGUUUUCAGCCAUCCCUUCAUCUUCAAACCCAGAAAUCGUUUCUUGAAGCUCUCCAAAUUAUGAUAUACAACAGGUUUAUUGUUGCAGAAGUAACAGUACUCUUCACUGGCAAAUUUAAAGAUGGCACUGCUCCUGGCACCAGUCUCUUACGAGUAGAGGCCAAAAGGUAAAUGACAACAGGUGGGCAAUUUGUCGACGCUGACCAAAAAUAGCGGCUCAUUUCUUCUUGAGUUGCCAUUUUCGCGUCGAAGAGCAAAAAUACAGACUUUCGGAGAAUAUUUUAGCUGUUUACUAUCAAAUAUGUUUGUGAAACAGUUGAUAAUCUCACUGAGGAAGGCCAACGGUUUCUGAAAAGCUAAAGUACGUCGAAAUCAGCGUUGGAAUCGACUAUAUUUUCACCGGGGAAACAUGAACUAAAUAGAUAUUUACAUCAACACUAAAUUUCACUCGUGCCUACAGAGCUAGUUGGAUUAAAACAGAUGUUAAGAAGUAAGUGAAAAUGUGAAUUUUGUGAAUUAUACUUUCAUUAAAAUGUUUCAGAAGGGCUGCUAAUGUCAAACUACAUGUGUAACAGAGCUGUCAGUAACCCAUAUUUCAAUGUUUAUGUUGAAAUGGCCCAUCUUCUUUGAGGUAUAGCUUAAAAAUUAGGGUAUGCUCAUCACUUGAAACUAGCUUUAAAUCAAAGUUUUAUCUAUAGUCUUUCUAUUAGAAUUGAAAUCAUUCAUGGGGAAAAUGUGCCAGAGGGUUGAAAUUGCCCUUGUAAAUGUACACUAUUUUUUAUAUGCUUGGGUUAGUAUUUUGAAAAGGUGUUUUGGAAAGAUAAUAUGUCUUGAACAAUACUGGUUGACCCUUAAAUUAUAACUAGUGUUAUGUAAAUCACAGAAAAUUGAAAAAAGUCUGGUCCAUACACAAUAGUUUGGAUUCUAUGAAGUCCCGAAUGUGGCUUAUUUCAAUGUUUAAUCUGUUUACCUGGAAAAACAUAGAAAAUUGAAUAAGUCAAGAAUUUGACUAUGCUCAUCACCCAAAACCAGGUUUUUCUAAUUGCUUUUUCACCUGGGUUUGUGGCAAUACCAGUUAUGCGACCAUGAAAAAUGCACGCGGCACUUUUUUUGGACACUGAAGAUGACAACAUUUGAUGUUGUUAUCUAUCAGCAUCCUUUUAUCAUAGUAUAACCUAACUUAUUUUAGUGAGUUUGUUAAAGAAUUGUGCUCACUAUAUGCCUGUAGAAUCUAAGAUUUUUUUCAUAGUUUUAGAUGAUAAAUUUAAGUUCUGUUUUCUUUUAUUUUUAGGUGAUAGUAUCUGUUCACAUGUGUGUUGGUAUCAAAUAUUGCACAAGAUUAAAUUACAGCCAAUUGCAGUUGAGCUUGCAGCUUGCAUUUUAAACGCGUUGUUAUAUCGUUGAAAAGUAUGCGUUCAUUCCUUAGAAACACGCCGUUGUUAGGGGCAUAACGUGAACUUUUGGCGGGCAUUGUUGAACUUCUGAACGGCGUGCAAACAAACGUAUAACAAGUUAAAUAUAUUGUAAAAACGCUGCUUAAGCCUGCGACGGAACAGUAAGGUAUUUUUAGAAUGCCUGCAGUCAAAUUAGAACUCCCUGGUCGGUUUUGUGACAAAAUCUAAUUUAAUUUGUCAACGCCAAGAAUAGAAAAACAUGUUUACGCUGUUACAACGUGCGCCAAAAGUUCACGUUACGCCCCUAGCAACGGCGUGUUUCCAAGGAAUGAACGCAUACUUUUCAACGAUGCAACAACACGUUUAAAAUGCAAGCUGCAAGCUCAACUGCAAUUGGCUGUAUUAUUUCACAUUCCUUUAUUGAAAUGUCCAAAUAAAUGGAAUAUGACAUCAAGCUGGAGAACUAAAUCUUGUUUCCAAACUUGUUUUUGUAAAAAUAGAAAAUAACAACUUAUUAUGUGCUGUUCUAAUAAAAACUAUUGUUUGUGAUAUGCAUAUUUAAUUUUUGAAAUUACAUUUCAUUCUUUGUUAAAAUCUGUACCAGGGAUACUGAAAUCUUUCAGAUAAGCUAACAAUACCUUUGUAACUUAUAUAGCCAAGUGUUCUAUCUAUUUCUGUUCAGAUUAAACAAAUGAUGGGUAAAAUAUUAGAUUAGAUUUUUGCCAAAAAAUGAAGUUGCCUGUUUUCAAAGCAUAAAAAGCAAUAAAAUAAAGCAAAAGUACUUAUUUUCAAUUUAAAACCAAUUUGAUUGCAUAGCUUAAUGUUUUCCACUAAAUAUUACAAAGUUUUCGUUCAUUAAAAUGUUGUUUUAUCAGCUUUAAAACCAGAUAAAUUCACGAAACACUCCUAAUAUAUGUCGCCAUAUUGAUUUUCUUCGCGCAUGCUCAGACAAAUUGUCCACCUGUUGUAAAUGACAGCUUUCAAGACAAAACAGAGACUUUGUAACAUUUGUCAGUUGACUGGUACCUUGUACUCAGAGAAUAUUAUUGUACACAAAAUAAUACGCACUAAGCACAGUGCAUCCUGGUGUAUCCUACAUUGCUAUUUUACCCCAUCUGAGGACAAUGAUUUUACUUUUAUUUUACUUACUAUUCAAACCCUUGAAAACACAAUGUGCCCAGAUGCCCCCAUACUUUCUUAAUUUGCAGUUUAUACAGUCCAAAGUCAGAUCAUUUUAAUUGCCAAAAGGAUUAGGUCUGGUGCCUUUAAUUGUAGCCUUUGACAACUUGUUUAUGUGAAUACUGCAUGGUGGUAUAAAGGCUGAUUAGAUACUGUAAUAUAAAUGAAGAUUUUUCAUUAUUACUAUGAUUCAACGAAAUAUCUAAAGUGUGACAUGCAAGUUUAUACAAUCGCUUUAAUUUAUUAAUACAGCUGACUAAUUUCAACCCCACAAGCGGCAAGCCUUGUUGUGCUUGAGAGACGUGCAGCCGGAUAUUAUGUGGAUUCCACGAUAGUUCAUGCAUAAAGUGCUUAUUAUUCUCUACACUCUGUAAUUAAUAUACUCGCACUAUUUGAAAAUAAUGCUUUGAUCAGUGGCAGUGCUACAAAUCCUACAAUUUAUCAUUUGACAUUUACAGAUUGAGUUUAUAUUUUACACAAAGGCAUUCAUUGUACUCAGGUGUCUGUUCAUUGACACAUUUGUUUCAAAUUUUCACUGCACAGUUUUACUAAUUGUUUACAGGGGCAAAAUAAGAAUACACUUACGACAAUCAAUUUCUUCAGUCUUGAAAUGUUUCUCGCAAACAUACAGCUCGCCUGUGUUGAUCUGGCAAUGUAAACUUUUGUCCACAACUUGAUCCUUUGCGAUUACGUUCAGCCAAGCCUCUAAAGUUCUCAUUGAUAACUCGUCUUUGCCAGACAGAAUUCUAAAGAUUCUGAGCCCAACAUGCUUUCUGCUGGUUCUGCAACCAAAUAUUGAGCAAUUAGCUCCAGGCAUUGUAGAAAAUAUUACCAAACCAACAGCUUUUUUUGUUUUGCAACAUAUGGUAAUUUUACAUAUUGAAUUCUACUCAUAUGGUAAUUCUUCAUUAUUCAUCCAUAUGUUGGGCCAACCUACAUAUAUUAUAUACAUUAUACACUGUUGUUUAUAUAAUAACAUAGUUGCCUGGGUUUCUUUUGUUUCAACAGGGUCGAUUACUAAUUACGUUUUAUCUUAAAUUUGCUGAUUGCAAGUAGGGCGCGCAUAAAUGGGAGCGCAACUAUGCUAUUACAAACUGAUAGCAUGGCUUUUCAGGAGAUUAGUGAUUAAAUGACCCCUUAGCCUCGGCAGGUUUGCAGAAUUCCCUCGGGCUUCACCCUCGGGGAUUCCGCAAACCUGCCUCGGGUUACUGGGCGGCCAUUUAAUCACUAAUCUCCCUCAAGCCAUGCUAUUACUUAUAAUAAACCAUAUAAAUGAAAAUCCAGACCAGUUUUUAUUCACAUAUACCAAUUUUAAUAGUACUUCUAAUUUAUACACAAUACUUUUGUACCCCUUCCUGCUGGUAGGUUGUGGCUAUCUAACAGCAAAGCUCACUAAGAAAAGACAUGUAUAAAGGAAAUUUGUUCUCACAGUUGCACAUCUAUGUGUAGUAAAUGAAAUGACCCUCACAACCAUUUUUUUGCAACAAAUUUGAUAGAUUUACCAAUAAGUACAACUGAUUUGGACUAAGAAUAUUACCAACAUAUUAGUCCAGUAUUGUUGUGAUGUAACGAUAUUUAGCCUCGAAAAGUACUCGAUUUAGUACAAAAACAGUGAAAAUAAACUUUAAUACGAAAUUCCUACACGAGUUUACUGUUUACUUAGCGUUCUUGUCUAUAGUACACUGAUCUCAAUAAUCCACUGAUUGUCUGCGCGCGUGUCCCGCGUUUUGCGUGAAAAAGUCAUAUCUCUUCUAAACAUCCCCCCUCCCUGCACUGCUGAACAUGCAAUUGCAGUGCGAUUUAACUAUUUUAACUCCUUUCUAGUCCAUAAUAUCAAUGUUCAAGUUUAAGGUCCCGAGUCCUUUCAAACUGAAGGCUCUAUCUACAAGUCAAGAAACUAUACUCUUAGUGGGACAAGUUUGUGAAUGGGUCUGACCAAUGACUUGUUUCCCAGCUGCACCUUUGCCUCUAUGCUAUGUCCGUCUUUCCCUGGAUAUGUCGCUAUGAUUCGUCCCAAUGGCCAUUUUCCUCUCGGUAAGUCUUUAUCUAAGACCAGAACAACGUCACCAUCUUUCAAAUCUUUUACCACGUUCGUCCACUUCGGUCGUGUGUUCAAUGUUGGUAGAUAUUCCUUCAACCAGCGGUCCCAUACUCGUGACAGAAUUGCUUGUACCUUACGCCAUCUUUCACGAGGGUUAGCGUCCAUGUCGAUCACCUCUGGUGCGAAUUCUCCGCCUAGCUGACCAUGAAGAAAGUGGUUGGGUGUGAGUGGAACAUCAUCAGAAGGAUUCAUCGAUUGGUAGGUUAUUGGUCGAGAGUUCAAGAAACCUUCGACACCUGUGCAUAUAGUAAUCAACUCCUCGUCAGUAACAUCACUGUUCUUGAUCACCGCAUAAAUGGCCUUCUUAGCUGCCUUAACCAUUAUUUCAAAAACUCCACCAAAAUGAGGACCUCCAGGAGGAUUGAAAGCCCAUGUAGUACCCUUCUGUGUUGUGUCUCGCUGAAUCUUUUCUCGGUCUAACAGUUUCACCAGAUCUUUUAAUUCGUUCACCGCCCCGACAAAGUUCGUACCGUUGUCACUGAUUACUUCUUUAGGAACUCCUCUUCUACUGGUAAAUCUGGUAAACGCAUUGAGAAAACUGUCAGUAUCAAGCCCCCAGGCUACCUCUAAAUGGACGGCGCGUGUGGUUAGGCAUGUAAACAAACAAAGCCACCGUUUAAGUCGUUGUUUUCCUCGUCCUUGGACUGUCGUGAACGGUCCUGCAUAAUCUAAAGCAGUCUGAUCAAAAGCUCGGUAGGUGAAACGAAGACGCACUUCCGGCAGGGGUCCCAUGACUUGAGAAGCCAGCUUAUUCCGUCGUUUUUGGCAUGUACAACACUCGUUCUCCCAUCCUCUUAUUUCUUCUCUAGCUGCCACAAUCCAAAAUCUUUGGCUGAUUUGAGCAAGCACAAAAUUAGUUCCUGCGACGUGGUUUGCCAAUGCAUGAUAAUAUCGCACGAUCAGUUUGGUAACCCAAUGUCCGCGAGGCAGAAUUAUCGGGCAUCUUGCGUCGUAGGGUAAGCUCUCAGCGUAGUAGAGAUGGCUGUUGCACCGAAUAACACCUUGCUGAUCCAUGCGCGGAGAAAGCUUCGCCAGUUGACUCUUCGCUGGCAGAGGUUUUCUAUUCGAUAGAGCUGCGUACUCAGCUGUAAAGGACUCUUCUUGUGCCUUACGAAUGAUCACGUCUUCAGCAUCACGAAUUUCCUCCGGUGCGAGCUCGGUUUGGCACUGCUGACGCUUCUGCUUGUUCCUCAAAUUCGUCAAGAACCUGCUAACUCUUGCUUGUAUGCGGACUAAGUGCUUCCAGUCUGAAAACCGUUUUGGAUCCAACCGCCAGAUAUCUGUGGGUUGUAUCACUUCUUCUGCUUUCGUUGCCAGACUGUGACUACCAUCAGGAACCACUGCAUUUCCUUUGCUAUAUUUCUUGUGGGCAGCUUUCGUUUCCGGAAGAUUAACUGGAGAUUUCGUCAAAUCCAUUUGAGGCCACUGCGAAGUAUCCUGUACCAACCAUACUGGACCAUUCCACCACAACGUAGACUCGGACAAUUGCAACGGUGUUGCACCUCGCGUGCACAGGUCCGCAGGAUUUUCAGCAGUGGGAACGUGCUGCCACUGUGCAGGAUUGCUAUACAUUUGUAUCUCUCCAAUUCGGUUAGCUAUAAACGGCCGAAAGUCUCUCCCAUAGCCACGAAUCCACCAUAGCACGUCAGCACUGUCAGAAUAGAAGCUAACAUCCUGCAUGUUCAUUUCAAACGCCCGAAGAACAUUCUGCGUAAGUCGUAGGCCGAGAACUGCAGCCAUUAAUUCUAGUCUAGGUACCGUCAUUGGUAGCAACGGUGCUACCUUACUCUUAGAGGCGAUUAAUCUGCUAGAGCGAGUGCCAUCCUCGUAUGUACAUCUCAAAUAAACAACAGCUCCGUAUGACUUUAGUGAAGCAUCAACGAAUGUCACCAUUUCUCGACGAGCUACUACCUUGUUCUCACAUAAACACCUUGGCACAUGUAUUGUUGCGACAUCACGUAACUGCUCAAACCAUGCUGAUAUCCGAAUUGCGAUUUCAUCUUCGAUUGUGUCAUCCCAGUCGUAGCCGCGAGCCCAAAGUUCUUGCAAUAUAACCUUGGCGACCAUUACGAAUGGACUGACAAACCCAAGUGGGUCAAAUACCGCAGCAAUCGUUCGUAAAACGUUACGCUUGGUUAGUGGAAGGUCGGAGGAGACUCUAGAAGCAGGUAAUGUCAGGAUAUCUUCUUUGCUGUCCCAAGCAACACCAAGGGUUUUAACAACUGGAUAUUUGUCAUCAGUAAUUGUGAGCUGCACUGCUUGGUCUUCCACUGGGAUCGCCUCCAUAACCGCUUCCGAAUUCGAAACCCACUUCCUUGCCUGCAUUCCCGCAUGAUUCCAAAGCGAGCUUAACUGCCGAUAUAACUUGACGCCGAUCUUGUCUGUCUCCACACUGUCUAUCGAGUCAUCCAUAUAGGUCGACUUUAAAACGGUUUCUGCCGCUAAUGGAUGGGUUUCUUGGUGUAGUCUUGCAUUCUCUUGUGCGAUGAACUGCGCCUCCAUGGGGGCCGAAUUCUUGCCAAAGACGACACGAGUGAACUCAUAGACAUCGGGCUCUUUCGUACUGUCUAGAUCACGCCACAGAACUCGAAAAUAUGGACGAUCGUUUUCUUCAAUUUCCACUUGCAGAUACAUCUCUUUAAUAUCGCAAGCUAAUGCUACUGGAUGACGCCGAAAACGAAGUAAUACAUCGAAAAGCUCCUUCUGUAACUUCGGUCCAGGAUUAAUGACAUCGUUCAAGGAUAGUCCGUCUGUUUUAGCCGAACAAUCGAAAACAAUCCGUACUUUUGUCGUUGUCUUGUCCAUUCGAAUAAUUGGGAAAUGUGGCAAAUACCAUACUUCGGGAGGGAUCACUUCGUCUUUUCCGACUUUACGCAAGUAGCCCUUCUCCAAAUACGAUUCAAUUGUAUGUUGAUACUCCCUGCUCACAAUUUCAUCCUUCUUUAACUUCCGUUCAGUGCUACCGAGUCUCGAUAAUGCAUUGUUUUUGUUGUCUGGGAGUUUUGGACGAUUCUCUUUCCAAGGAAUGGCGAUCUUGUAUCUAGACGUUGCACUAUUGUGGCUGAUUGAUUCUUUCACCUUCUUCAAAGCUUCCCUAUCUUCUGCAGUAUGAACCAUCGAGUUCAUGUUCUCUGUACCGUAGCUUUCAACUUCCCAGAAUCUUUUGACCUGUUCAUCGAUCUGGCAACAGGAUGUAAUUUCUGCAGUACUCCUGGACAAAAAUGUUCUAAUGGUGUGCGUUCUACAGUCAGUUCCUCGCUGUUUCUCUGUGGCUCCAAUGCAACUCCAUCCUAGUGGUCCGAGUCGGGCUAUUGGGCUUCCUGGUUCCCCACGAACAUCUGCUCUUGAAUACAGUAAAUCUGCGUUGUCGACUCCAAUCAAUAAGUCCACUAAACCUUCCUUUGCUGGUGUUGCAAAAUCACAACUCUGAAGAUGUGGCCAGUUGGUUUUAUUCUUUGACCAAUCCUCUACUUUGUAGCUUCCCGUUACGUUCUGAGGGCACGUUUUGACACCAAUUUCCUUGCGAUACUGUCCGUUAACACUUUCAAUCAUAACCUCCACGGGCAUGGACUGGAACGUUUCAACCUCAUUGUUUAACACAUGAACUUUAACUGUCUUGUACGGCUCUUGUAGCCCUAACACUCCAGCAACUUGUUCAUUUAGAAAUGUUUCAUUGGAAGCAUCAUCCAGAAUAGCGUUGACUUUAACUUUCCGACCAUUUGCCUUUAUCCAUACUGGAAUGGUACGAAGCGACAAAACUUCAGCAGUUGACACACUCUUAUUUCUUGAAGUGUGUGUUCGUGUCUCUGCCCCCUCCCGUGUCAACGGUGACUUCUCGCCUUCUUCCUUCUCCUUCGGUACAACUUCAUGCAACAAGUUGUGAUGGCUUCUUUUGCACCCUUGCACUGCGCAUGGCUUUGACCUGGUGCAGUCCUUACCGACAUGAUUACUUGCAAGACAUCGAAAACAUAAAUGUUUUUCCUUUGCGACUCCCCAACGAUCUGGCACACUCAAGCCAGAAAAUACUUUACAGGACCAAACCCCAUGAUUGCCACCACAUACUGCGCAAGGUGGCUUUGAAUACGGGCUGCGUGUAUCGUCGUUGUUGCUGUGUUUUCCAUCUCGAUUUGUGAACCAGGUUCGAGGUCGAUAACCUCUUUCAGUUGGCUUGGACCUUCCUCUGUCAUACUCUCUAGUCUGCUUAGGUUCAAUUCCUUGGGCCAUUUCUGUAGCCUCAACUCGGAUGAUUACUUCUUCCUUUAGCCAGUCUCUCAACGCUUUCACUGACCGUAUCUUAUGUUGUUCACUAAGCCAUCGACUGUAAUUUUCUACUUGUCGUUCCGAUAGUUUCUUUACCAGCAGGCUAUGCAAUGCACCAUCUCCCAGUUCCCCACUGCGCCCCUCAGCUUCCAACUUCACUACGGUUACCCGCACAAGAUCAGCAAACUUUUCGAAAGACUGAAUGUCAUUGUUCUUCAGAGUUGGCAUAUUCUCUAACUGAUCAAGGUAAGCUUGCAACUGACGACGUUGUCCACCAAACUUAGAUUUUAAUAUGUCCUUAGCCUCAUUAUACUCUGGCGCCGUAACACCCAGUCCACGAAUUGCAUCAAGGGCAUUUCCUGAAAGACUUUGACGUAGUCGAGCCAUUUUAAUAUUUACAGGCUCACUCCCUUCAUCAACUAGGCUGAUGAAUAAUGCCCAAAAAUCCUCAAAUCUAGUUUUAUCACCAUAAUAGACUGGAACUGUUAGUGGUUUAAGACGAUGAUGGGUUAUACCAGUGAAAUUGCUUGCAAAACUCGGAGGGCUUGCUUGGGUUGUUGUAGGGUCCGGACUAACAUUAGCUGUGAUUGUACUGGUAGUGGGAUUGCUUGCUAAACUCGGUGGGCCUUCUGUGUCCACAACAGGUGCUGGACUAUCAUUGACUGUGGUUGUUCCAGUUGGAUUGCUUUCGGAACUAGGUGGGCUUGCUUCAACUGUGGGCGCCGGGCUUACAUUGACUACUUCUGAUACAUGUCCUUGUUCAGAAAUACUUGAUAAGUAUUCUUUGAUUACUUGUUGUGCUUUCUCCACAGUCUGGUGUCCAUCUGAUUCAAAGUUUUCCUGUUCUUUUAGAAUAGCUUCCUUAGCUUCAGCUUGGUUAGAUUUAAUAUAAGUCGAACACAAUUCAUCCAUCACAGAUAAGCACGUUUCCAAUGCAUCCCACAAAGCCUCAAUUUCAGCUUCGAUUUCACCACGAUUUAAUUUACUCUUCUGAGCACACAAUUUUUCUAAGUUAUGUCUAAUUUUUGUCACAUUUGUUUUUCUUGCUCGUUUUUCUCGCUUUAAUGCAAGCACUGUUUCUUCCAGUUCAAGAUCAUUCUUGGAUACACUUGGUUCAUCUGUCUCAUUAGUUAACGGCAUUAUGUCCCUUAGCAAAUAAGCUUUGUUUACUGUUUUUGCUUUAUUUUUGUUCCAAAGUUAUAUUUAAGAAAUUAAUAAUUUCACCAUAAAGUUCCACAAAUAUAUCAACAAAUCGUAAUCAAUAACUUUAGUUUGUACUCACGCGUCCAUUAAAAUUACUGUUUAUCCCUUGCUUUCCUGGCUAUCCCCAACCAUCAAGUACGUGUCACGGUAUAUUUAAUACUUUAUUAAUAUAAACUGCCGUCUAAUUCCAAAUACCUCGUAAAUUUGCUAUAAUUCGAUGUAAUUAUAUCGUAGAAACACCCAAUAAAGUUUAAAACAAAGCCGAGUUUACCAUAAAUUUAUAAAACGUCCCCGAAUAUUGUUCCAAUACCGAUACAACUACGAAUAAACGCUGUAAAUACGCCAACAGUCCUCGAGCACGAUGUUGUGAAAUUUUCCCCGAUUUUAACCACGAAAUUCACUUUAAAAACCCCAAAUUCCUCGAACUGUCCUGGCAGGAUCGCCAAAUGUUGCGAUGUAACGAUAUUUAGCCUCGAAAAGUACUCGAUUUAGUACAAAAACAGUGAAAAUAAACUUUAAUACGAAAUUCCUACACGAGUUUACUGUUUACUUAGCGUUCUUUUGUAUAUUACUCUGAUCUUAAUAAUCCACUGAUUGUCUGCGCGCGUGUUCCGCGUUUUGCGUGUAAAAGUCAUAUCUCUUCUAAACAGCAAUCGUGAGAUUAUAUACAUGGAAAGAAUAUGGAAAUUAUGUUAAUCGUGAGAUUAUAUACAUGGAAAGAAUAUGGAAAUUAUGUUAAAAGCACCCCGUAUAAUGCUCGAACCACUGCGUACAGUAUAAUGGCAAACACACUGUGUGUAUAAUGGCGAAAGCACCACGUAUAAUGCUCGAACCACUGCGUAUCAGUAUAAUGGCAAACACACUGUGUGUAUAAUGGCGAAAGCACCACGUAUAAUGCUCGAACCACUGCGUAUCGACAAAAUGCCGUUUGAUCACUUACGCCAGCUAUGUGGCUUUCCACUAAAGAAAACCAAAGAUCAGGAAAGAUGAUCACAUUCCGUGUUUGCCUUAUGCCUGUUUAUUAGGCAAGAAUAGCCUGCCGGCCCGGAAGCAGUACAUUGGAGUAGGCUGAAAUACGCCGAGAUUUCAUCUGCAUAUAUAUAAUACAUAUACAUAAAGAUUAGGUCUGCUGCCUUGCUCGCUUGCUUCAGGCUCGCUCGCUGCGGAAGCAAUUACUGAAUGUAUGCGAACAACCUUAGUUCGUAUAUAAAAUCAGACAGGAGAACUUCUAUUAAUGCCUUGAUGCGUUUAAUUACCUCUUUCACAAAAAUACGCCCUGAUAUACAUAUAGCUUAAAUUGUUUUGCCUUUUUAUUAAAAAUACAUGCAUAUGCGGAUAUAUAUAUAUACAGUACAUUGCUAUAAAGACCCUGUUAGUCUAUAUAAGGACAACAGCAAGAAACAAAAAAAAGCAUUUUAUUGUAUUACUGGCCAUGGAUAUUUGUUACGUUAAAUUGUCCUGUAUUUAUCUGUUUACAAACAUACUCUUCAGGCCACUUUUCCGCUUAGCCUGCAUGGCAGGCGGUCUUUCCCAGGUUUCCCGCAAAAAUUGCCUGGUGCAUUGGAAGUAAAAUUUCCGUUUCGUAUAGAUGAAUUGUUUGAAAGUGUUAUAGCCCUGUCACGAAUGUCGCCAAUCAGAAUGACUAUGUUUAUUGGAUACGAUACAAACAUAUUGAGCUAUAAAGUGUAAAUUCUACUCUGUAACUGUAAGUGGGCAACGCUAUAGACCCUCAAAUUUUGUUAUUUUAUCUAACAUGGAACUCCUAGAAACAUGUCUAUCCUCAUCAGGAAUGCCAACGCACACUCAUGACUGAUAGCUCCAAUACGAUAAUCGAUCUAACAGGAAGGUUUAGGCGCGCACUUGCCGCUGAUUGGCGAAUGACAUGCACCUCUUUUACAAGUUUCUAUGCAUUCGUAAAAUUCGUCACUACUAUACAUACAACAACAUGCAGUAUUUUUAAGCUAUACUGCAGUAUUUUUAAAGAACAAAAAUUCUGUGUAUAAGUAUUUUUAAGCUAUACUGCAGUAUUUUUAAAGAACAAAAAUUCUGUGUAUAUUUACCUCCGCCAGGAGGUUAUGUAAUCAUCUGGGUUUGUUACCUCCGCCAGGAGGUUAUGUAAUCAUCUGGGUUUGUAGUGUGUGUGUGUGGACCUCCGCCAGGAGGUUAUGUAAUCAUCUGGGUUUGUAUGUGUGUGUGUGUGUGUGUAUGUGUGUGUGUAUGUGUGUGUGUGUGUAUGUGUGUGUGUGUGUAUGUGUGUGUGUUUGUCUGUGAGCACGAUAACUCAAGAAAUACCAAACAUAUCCGUACAAAAUUUUGUGAGUGCAUUUCCCAUCGGCUAAGGAAGAACUGAUUAAAAUUUGGUUGAAUUUGGUUAAAAAUUUAAACAAAAGUUUGUCUUGCUUUUCCCGGUCAAUUAAAUCAAACUUUAUACUGAAUGCGUAAUUAGGACGUGCAUAAUAUAUGCACCAGCCAUUCAAAUUCUAAUAACAAUAGAUUACUUCAAUAUUUUGCGCGUAGGCGGAGGUAUGCAGUCUCUGAGUGCCCUCUAGUUACACAUGCGUUUGUUUGCAUACUUUACAAUGACUGCAGGCGAGAUAACACAUCUUAUUAUACAUCACAAACUUUUCAUGCGUCUUGUUUGUAUUACGUGUAAAACAUGGCGGACAUGUCGCGUGCGGCAUGUAGUAAAACACUGACUACCGGAACACCACCGGAACACCGGAACACCACCAUUUUGUUUGGGGUUAGGACCGGAACACCACCGGAACACCGGAACACCACCAUUUUGUUUGGGGUUAGGCUUAGGAUUAGGGUUUGGGGUUAGGAUUGGGGUUAGGGUUAGGGUUGGGGGUUAGGAAUUGGGGUUAGGGUUAGGGUUGGGGGUUAGGAUUGGGGUUAGGGUUAGGUGGUGUUCCGGUGGUGUUCCGGUGUUCCGGUAGUCAGUGUUUUACUACAUGCCGUUCCGGUGUUCCGGUAGUCAGUGUUUUACUACAUGUGUUCCGGUGUUCCGGUAGUCAGUGUUUUACUACAUGCCGUCGCGUGCUCCGCUUAUGUUUCAAGUUUUUGCUUUAGUACUUCUGAGUUUCUGCAUUCAUAAGAAACAAUUUAUACAAUCAGAUGGCAUAAGUAUUACUAUACUUGAAGAAGAUGAAGGAAUGGUGAAGGAGAACUACAUAUUUUCGACAAUUUGGAGUUACAAUCGAAGCAGUGAGUGUUUUGUUUAUCAAUCAACAAGGAGAAGUAUGUAUGCAUGUGCUUUUGUUGUUAAUAUGUGGUGAUAUUGAGGCAUGUCCAGGACCGUUAAAUGCUCAAUUACAUGACUUUAUUCAACUCAGAGGGAUGAAAAUUUUUCACCAAAAUGUUUGCGGAUUGUUCACUAAGUUUCAUAGUCUGGAAGAAUUGUUUGACCGGCAUGAGAAUAUCGACAUUUUAACACUUUCGGAAACGCAUAUAGUUAAUGGACAGUUUGAUGAUAAUGAAGACCUAUACAAAAUCCCUGGAUAUAUGUUGGUGAAGAGUAAUCGGAAAGUAGGAAAAGGUGGGGGUGUAGCUAUAUAUAUUAAGGAAUGUAUUGAGUGGAGAAGAAAGCAAGAUCUUGAGAAUGAUAGCGUCGAAAGCAUGUGGAUUGAAGUAUUCAUUAAGAAUUCGAAAAGUUUGUUAGUAGCGGUGUAUUAUAGGCCACCGGAGAGUUCACACUAUUUUCCAGCGAAUUUUGAUGAAACUUUUAAUGAUACACUUAGAGAAAGUGCAAACGAGUCAAAAGAAAUCAUAAUCUUAGGAGAUUUCAACAUUAACUUUCUAAAAGCGAGUGAACAUAAAGAUUUUAAAGAAUUAAUCAGACUUUAUGGUUUCAGUCAAAUUAUUAAACAAGCAACCCGUAUUUCUAAAGAUACAUCAACGCUAAUUGAUAUUAUACUAACAAAUAACCCAUUAGUAUUGUGUAGGAGUGGUGUUUUUAUGGUUGAUCUGAGUGAUCACGAAAUGGUUGGUUGCAUACGUAAAUUAAACAAUGUCAAAUUUACUCCAAAGGUUAUAACAUGUCGUAAUUACUCGGCUUAUGAGCCUGAAGUAAUGAAAGAAGAUUUUAGGAGAGUCAAUUGGCAGUCAUUAUAUACUAUGAACGAUGUUAACAAGGCAUUAGAGUACUUUAACUAUACUGUUAAAGCUAUCUUUGACCGUCAUGCGCCUCAAAUGGUUAAGAACGUAAGAGGAAAACCUUGUCCAUGGAUUAAUUCUGAUAUCAGAAAAACAAUGUCGUCUAGAGAUUGUAUGCUAAGAAAAGCGCGUAGAACAAAAAAGGUAGAACAUUGGAAUUUAUAUAAGAAAUUAGGAAACGCUUGCAAUAACAAAAUGCGGUUUGCGAAGAGUACAUAUCAUAACGACUUGUUGGAAACAGCAUCAAGUCCUAAAAAGUUUUGGAAUAUAAUUAAAAAUAUCUUUCCCACGAAACCUAAAUCGAUAUCGAUGUCAGUGAACUCAAAAAAUGACAAAAACAAAUACAGGGUAAAUAUCUUUAGUACAUACUUUGCUAAUGCUAUUCAACUGCUAAAGGAAAAAUCAAUGCCGUUAAGGAAUUUUGCAUGGAAACAGCCAGUUAAAAUAGCGACACGAACACAGAAAAUAUUCCAAAUUAAGCAUAUAUCAACAGGUUUUGUCCUUAAUGAGCUGAAAAAAUUUCAAAAAGGCAAGUCCACUGGGGUUGAUGAGCUGCCGGUAGGCAUGUUGAAGGAUAUUCGCGAGUUUAUUUCAUACCCAUUGUGUCAUAUUCUAAAUUUAUCGAUUGAAACAUCCACAGUACCAACCAUGUGGAAAGUGGCAAAGAUAAUUCCAAUAUACAAAUCUGGAUCAUAUGAACUUCCUGAGAACUUUCGACCAAUAUCGGUGUUGCCAGUUUUGUCAAAACUAUUGGAAAGAGCUGUUCAUGGGCAAUAUCUUAGAUUUUUAGAAGAAGAAAAAUUAUUAACUGAUUAUCAAUACGGGUAUCGGAUGAAGAGAUCAACAAAUCUAGCUGCAAUUCAAUUUAUCGAUGACAUAAGAAACGAAGUUGAUCAGGGGAACCUUGUUGGGGCCAUUUUUAUAGAUCUCAGCAAGGCCUUUGAUACUAUUAGCCACGAUGCCCUUCUUACAAAGUUACAGGCAUAUGGUGUUCGAAAUAGAGAAUUGACAUGGUUUACAGACUAUUUGUUCGGACGACAACAAUAUGUUCAACUUGGAGGCAAUAAAUCGUCAAACCAACCUGUUUUUAUUGGAGUUCCUCAGGGAUCAGUGCUGGGACCUUUGUUAUUCCUAGUGUUUUAUAACGAUCUUGUUGACAUAGGGAUAAACUCACGUAUUAUAAAGUAUGCUGACGAUACUGUUAUCUAUUGCUCUGGAAAAAAUAUAGAAAUGAUAGAGAAAACACUGUCAAGCGAUAUGGAUGUAAUUGCAGAGUAUUUUGAUGCAAAUGAAUUGUUAAUAAAUCUAAAGAAAGGGAAAACUGAAAUGAUGGUUUUUGGUACUGGAAAAAGAUUAUCUGCACAACCUCGUCAAUUGAGAGUUGAAUAUAGAGGGCAACCUAUAAAUACAACACAAUCCUACAAACAUCUUGGUUACGUACUUGAUCCUGGUCUGACACUUAAUGAAAACUUUGAGGCAGCCUAUAAAAAAGCUAGUAACCGAGUACGAUUAUUAUCAAGGAUCCGUAACUAUGUGACACCAAGUGUGGCGACGAAGAUAUAUCAAAUGAUGAUUGUACCAAUAAUUACGUAUAGUGGGAUGGUCAAAUUAUUUCUAACUGAGACGAAGCGACGAAAGCUUACGUCCAUUGAAAACCGAGCACGAGCAAUUAUUGGCGAAGAAAUGUACUUGCCUGAUCUGGAUAAAUUGAUAAGAAAGAAAGCGUGUGAUGUUUUACGAAAAUGCUUGGAAAAAGAUAUUUGCAGUAACUUCUAUAAUUAUUUUGAAAUUAAUAACCAUAGUCAUAAUACGAGAAACAGAAAUAAUAUGAUAAAGCUACCAAAAGUAAAGCUUGAAUUUGGUAGACAUGCUUUUCGCUUUGCAGCGGCAAGAAUUUAUAAUGACUUGCCUUGCGAAAUUCGAGCUGAAAAGGACAGCAAAAUAUUUCGAAAACUGCUAGAAAAUUAUUACCAAUGAUUAAAUUAUAGUAUACAUUAUUAAUAUAGAUUAUAGAUUAUUUAGUAUGGACUAUUUAGUUAAAUAGAGGACACAUAUUGAUAACAGUAGAUUACUGAAAUGUUUAUCCUCUGUAAAGAUUUUGAAAUACAAUACAAUACAAAUACAGUUGUAAACCCUGGCUAUACGCUACUGACGUCAUUCACUUCCUAUCUAACAUACUGUUACCAUCAACUGCCAGCAAAUUGCUUAAUUAUCAUAUACCAGUCAUUGCUUUUCACCGGCUGCGAAACGUUCUCCUGCAGUCAUAAGCCGUGAGCUAGUGCCCUCAAACGUUUAGUUUCACUGUAUACCUCGCUAAGUUAUACUAUAUUUUUAAGAUUUAAACACGCUGAAUCCAAUUCUAAAAAGUUCUUGUCGAUAAACCCUGCAGUUUUUUUGUAAAUUGCGAUAAAAAUGUUAAAAUUUACGACUUUCGCAAUAACAUUUUUACUAUAUGCCACACCUCAAAAUGCGUACUUUCGGAAGCAUUCACUCGCGCGCCAUAGUGAAAAUUAUACAGGAUAGGUCACUUCCGCCUAAUCUUGAGAUAUGUGAAUUCAGAUUUGAUGUAAUUGCGACCGAACGUAUUUUCUGGCUUUGUAGAUACCUAGCAACACCAGCCACCAGGCAUUCUUUCAAGAUUAUGAACUUUUAAAGUGUAGACAAUUUCAUCUUUUAAUAUGGCGUGUAAUGAACAACAAAUUAAAGAAACUUCAAGUUUAUAGUAACAAAAAUAGAUUUUUAGAUGGUAAACCAAAAACUAUCAAAUACUAAUAAACAAUAUUUAAAGCACACUAUAGUUUUCUUUUCGUGUAAAACUACACAAUCACCACAAUCCACUGCCUCGUCAUGAAAGUUAUUGACAUUGUCAAUUUAUCUUCAUCCAUAUCUCAUUGUUCUCAGAAUUGCUGCGUUGGUUCAGUGCAUUUCAAAUUUUUGCUUUAAAACAAGAGCAUCUUUUUGUUUGAGAAGCCUUUUUCCAUUCGCAGCCAACAAAUUUUAUAAAGAUGCUGUCGUCUGUCUG